AUUUUUUCAGGACAGGGUUUCUCUGUGUAUCCUUGGCUGUCCUGCAACUCUUUGUCUGUAGACCAGCCAGGCUUGGAAUUUGCAGUGAUCUUCCUGCCUCUGCCUCCUGAGUGCUGGGAUUAAAGCUAUACACACCCAGUUUGGCAGGCUUUUUAUUAUAGGGUUUAAAUAAAUUCCUUUGAGUUUGGGUUAUUUCAAAAUAUCUUGCAUUGUAAUCAUUGGGUAAUGGUAACUUUGAAUGUGUCAGGAGAUUAUAGUGAAUAUAUAAUAUAAAACAAAGUACUGGUCUCAUUUCCUGUAUAGUCCAAGACAGUCUCAGUGUCUUUCAGUUUUUGUUGAUGAAAGUCGUCCUUUGCCAUGUGAAAUGCUCAUCUGAAUAUUUGAGUUAUACUAACUUGUAUUGUAUUGUCUUAUAUUAGAGGUGUAUUUUUAAAGUCUUUGGGUAUACAUUAAAGGGCUUACUUAAUAUGAAAGUAGUAUAAUUUAUUUACAUUUGAAAAAAAUCCUGUUUUUCUUGUUUUGUGCAGUUGGGAGUUUAAAUGAAUCAUACCAUGCUUUAGAUUGGUUACCCAUGGUUAAAAUCAAAUGCCAGGUUUUCAUUGAUUGCUACUUUGGUAAUAAAUAUGAUAAAGCAGUGAUGGGGGCUUUGUUGACCAAAUGACGAUUGAUGGUGUUUUUCUCAGUAUAGAGAACAAAGAAUGAAAUAAUCUGUUAUUAAUGUAAACUACCUUAGAAUCCACCUCUGUGGUUGAUACAGAUGCAGUGUUUGUUCUUUGGAUGAUGUGAGGUGGUUGAUAUUUGUAAAUUGAAAACUUGAGAUUUUGGAUUUGGAUUUUGAUGGAAAUAUGUUUGAAGACUUGAAACUGGAUUAUGGAUUUUACAUUUUCUUGGAUUUAACAUAAUUACGUUUGGUAGUGAAACUAAAAUGAAUUACUUGGUUGAUGGAGUGUCCUGGUUUUGACCAAUAGGGUACAGUACAGGACUGUUUUAGUUUUUGGACGUGUGGAUGUGCUUGGUUACUUGUCUGCAUGGGAGAGAGAGAACACUUUGUUGCAUUUGUAAUUUUGUUUCUAUAGACCUCGUGCUCCCAUCUGGAGGGGGUUUGUCUUUGACAGUUGAUAAUUGGCUGGUAGAUUCGGCCUAUUUAAGUGAAGGACUAGUGAUUGAGGAAAUGUGAGUGUACUUAGAAUUCGAUUUCAAACAUGAGUGAAAGGGUUCUUUUGGUUUUGGAGUUGAGGUUGAGUGUUUGAUUUAAAGGUGACCAAGGUUGGUGUAAAUUCUUGAAUUCGAAGUUAUUAAUUCUGCCCAAAUAUAUGUAAGAAGUAAAUAUGUUUGAUGUGUGGCAUUUCCAAGAUUAAUGGUUUACAAAGAAGUUUGUUUCUUCUGGGGGAAAAUGGUUGUAUUAACUUUUGCUCUACUGCAGUUGAACACUAGGGAGGCGCUCUUGAGUUGUAAAAAAUUACCCCUUCCUUCCAGUUGAGAUGGAAAAUUCCCCCUUAAUCUUUAGAUGUUUUUAGGCACCAUAAAGAAGGCAAGAGUUGAUUUAAUUUAUGGUGUUGCAAUGUUGCGUCUAUCUACAAGCCAUUUACCCAUGCUGGGGUGUUAAUUUUUUUAAAGAUUAGUACUUAAACUGAGCUUUAGAGCCUCUAGAAAUUAUCUUUAUUUCAAAAUGGCUUGAUAAAACUCCACUUCCUGUCCAGGGAGGAAGUUAUUUUAGCUCAAGGACUGAAAUAUUUAGCAGAUCUUUAGACAAAAGGAACAAAUUACAUUUCUCUCUGGCUUAAAAAGGGUGCUUGAGCCAGAGGGGGUUAAGAAGCCCUUCCCCCUCCUCCUGAUGGAGUGGUCUGGAGGGGCAGGGAGGUGUGGAGUUGGGGGUCUUAAGGCUCUCUUGGAUGGAGAAUCUGGUUCUUUUUCUUUCUUUUUUUUUUUUUUUUUGGUGGAGAUGAAGGGGUGGGUCUAUGGUACAUCACCUGAGUUGUGGGGUAAAUGUAGAGAGUGUCAAUCAAAGGCAGAGCUCUCAGAGCUGGGAAGGAGGCUCUAGAUGGCGGCUGUGCCUUAGAGAGAGCGCGCUUUGCUCCCUGCUUCGGUUCACUUUACGCAACUUUCCCUAACUUUCGGGCAGCCUCAGGGGGCCCCCGCAGCCCCCUGCCUCUUCUAGUGACUUACUGGGGUCGAUGCGAACCUUUUUUUGGGAGAAUAGCUGCUUUUAGGAGCUUUCUUUUCGUGCCUUGUUGGAAGAAGCUGCCGUAUUGAGAGCCCAGGUCGUUGUUUUUUCCAGCUUAGAAGCCAUGGCGCACCUCCAUUUUUGUGCGCUCUCCUAAUGAGGUUUUUUUUUCCCCUUCCGGACCUGUUUUAGUAUUAAUUAUUGCUUUAUUUUUUGACAAGUCAACAUAUUUGAGGAUUAUUUCAUUUACUUUUUGUUUUUUAACGGAGAAUUUUGCGUUUUUAAAAAUUAUUUUGGAUCGGAUAUUUUUCUACUACUAGAUAGGACUCUUGCUUUGGACCUACUACAUGGAUCAGGUAAGUCCAUGAUAAUCAGUGAUAAUUUUUAAAAAAUUAAUGUUGAACUUGGCUUUAUUUACUGUAAAUAUGAGAAAUUCCUGGAUGACGCAAUAAGAUAGAGAGAUUGUUAUUUGUAUCCAGUGUGUUACUUUUGAGAAACUUUCCUUAUUGAUAGCGAUGCUUCUGUCGUUCAGUUUAUCCCCCACUCAUUUUAAAACGGAAAAAUAGAAAUAUUUUGUUUUUCUGGUGUUUAUCGUUGUUGCAUUACAUGAAUAUCGCUAACAUCGUCAGGACUUUGUUCCUGAUAAUAAAACCAUCCGCAGAAGCUGGGACCUCACCUUUCUUUCAACUUUUGACAGUAAAUACCUGGGCACAGGACUUCAAAGCAAACACAGAUUCCCCCUCCCCCUUAAUAUUUAAGAAUUAAAAGAUGAUGAGAAAUAAGGACAAAAGCCAAGAGGAGGACAGUUCGCUACACAGCAAUGCAUCGAGGUAUGAGCUAUCAACUUUCUUUCUUUCUUUCUUUUUUUUUUUUCUUUCGGGAAACCUCAGCUUACACUUGUUUACUUUGACAGACAUGGAUUGCUGUCUGUAUUUCAAGAAUUUUCUAACUUAGGUUGGUUUUUAAAGCGUGACCUUGAGAUUGCUAACAUGCCACACCCUGAUUUUUUUGGUAUCAAUUUAUGAAAGUUGAGUUGUGACUUAAGGCCUCUUACAGCAUUCAGAAGGUAAGGUACUUUUCUCCGGAGGGGCCUUUCCUAGAAACUGUAGUUUUUCUGUCAGUAAAUUUUCAGGUUUUAGGUUUUCAUGCUGCAGAAAAAUGACCUUGUCUGUUUAGCCAUUGCUGCAUUGCACCAUUUUACAUACAAGGCAAAUUUUUUUCUUUGAAGAAUCUGGGAUAUUCAAACUUGUAACCGAGGGCCAUAGAGCAGCCUGGUAGUAGUAAAUUAUAGUAAAUAGACAUUUGAGAAAGUUAUAUGAAUGAAAAAAUGUACAUUUAAAAACGCAAUCACAAAUAGGACCCCUUGACUGAUGCCUUUCAGUUUAUAUUUUUGAUUGUUUCGUUUGAUACACGUGACAAUUAAAAUUUUUUUUAUGACUUAUCAAAACCUUAAUAAAUAGUUCCUGAGAUCAUUAAAUCUGUAACCACAAAAAUCUUGGAAUGCUAUUAAUACUUAAGCUUUGUGUUUGUUACUAUGACAAUGUAAUUGUAUUUUUUUAUGCUUAAAAUGUCACAAGGUUUAUGUUGGUGUGUUAAGACAGUCCUUUCUGGUUGACAAUUGUAUUUUAUUUUACCCUUAUGUUUUAGUUGGUGCUGUUUUAAAUGUAUCCAUUUAUUUUGACAGUGUCCUGUAAUGCUUUCUCUUCUGAAGCUUUUUAAUGUGCUGUUUGUUUAAAUCAUGAUUUCUCUUUCAUUCUUUGAAGUAGCUUAUCAGUGGCUGAAGUAAUAAAGCAUAUAAGAUAUUUUUUGUUGUAUGACUGUAUCUUUACGUUAAUUUAAAAAUGUGAAUGCAUUUCUGGAUGUGUUCUUUAGAAUUGUCAUGUCAUAGUUUUAAAAUCAUGCAGCUAACAAGAAUGAUUGGUAUAUGAUCCAAUUUUGAUUUUACUUUAUAAUUUUGCAUAAAAUUUUUUUAAAAUUAGCUUUUAAAUUUUGAAGUGUGGAAUAUAGUUUAUGACAAAUUGAUGAAUUUACUCUUUACUAAAAAUAUUUUGAGCCUUGCUUUAAAAAAUACAUUUCCAAAUUUCUAUACAAAUUGAGUAGUUACAAUUUUGGAUAUCUUUUAAGUUGCUUUUGUAAUUAUUGGGUCAAGAACAGAAAGCUUCUAAUGCAAAACUAAUUUUCUGGAAAGUCACAUUUUGAAGGUAUAGUAUAUAGGAAGCUUCAGAUAUAUUUGACAGUUAUGAAAGACCCAGUAUUAAACUUGUUACUCCCUUGAGUAUAUGAUUUGCAUAUUCUCACCAGGGUUUUGGCUUUCUUAUGCAAGGUUUUUUGUUUCAUGAUCAGACUGCUCUAACUCUUAAGUGAUGUCUUUGAAUAAACUUUACCCAGAAUUAUCUGGGUAAUAACUUGGGCAUUGUGAUGCAUUUAAUUCCUUUAGUCAAAACAAGAAGCAGGUUUUUACUGUUUUUUGCCAAGUAUACCUUAAAUCAUACAGUUGAUGAAUGUCCAGAAUACUCCAGACUCGUUCAAGAUGGAGUUACUUUUAAAUUACUGUUACUCUUAAGUUAUAUACAUUAUUAAUGCAUGUAUACAGUUAUGACAUUACUUCCUUUAAAGAUUGUAAAGUUUAAAGAAUGUUUGUGUUUUGUGUGAUGAUAUUUCUCCGGAGUUGAAAUUUAUGCUGCCCUUGUGUAGCUAGCUGUUCCUGUGUCAUCCAGCAGGCUGACACUAUAGAGAAUUAAUUUUUGAAAUAAUAGUGUUUAGGGAACACAACUAAAGCACCACCUUUGCAGCCUGAUACUGCAGGGAUUGAGAGGAAUUGCUUUCAGAUCAAAUACAUUUUGUAACGAGAAUCACUUGAGAGACUGGGAUCAGCAAAAGUUUUAAGUUUAAGUCUUCCUGUUUUUGAAGCAAGCACUAUACUUUUAAAAUAGUGAUUAUGUGUAUUGCAUUUUUUAAAGUUAAUGCAGAAGUCUAAUGUGCUUUUAUAUCACGUAUUUUGGAGAUAAGUUUUUACGUUUUAGAAUGCAAUUGUAAACAUUUCACAUCUGUAAAUUUUUAAAUACAGUAGUCUUAGUGAUGGACAUAUAAAGUAUGCCAAACACUUAAGUUAUAUCCAGGAACGGAAGGAAACCAGGGGGGAAGGAAUGCACAUGUUCUAGCACAUGGUAUUUCUAAAUUGAAAAUUAAAUAUCUAUCUAAAAAUUGUCUUGCCUUUGAGCCAUAUUUUGGUAUCCUGAGGUGUGGGUAAAUCUUAACGUUUUUCGCUAGCCUUGUAAGGCAGGGAUGAUUAGAAAAGGCAUGUGCAGUGUUUGUGUACUGGAACAGGCAGUUUUAAGUGGCAGCCAUUUUAUGACGCUGCUAAUAAUACUUUUAAAAAAUCGAAUUUUUCAGAAGGCUGAAAACAAACCUAAUAUCAGAACAUCCCUUUCCCCACGUUCCCAUAAGUACUCUGAUGAUGAAAUAAAAGGCAGCUCGGUAGUUGGCCCAGGCAGCAGUUCUCGGAGGCCUGGCAUCUUGGUGCAAGUCCAGCUCAGUCACAAAAUGGCUGUUCCUUUGUGCCGCAGCGCUGACAGACAUACUGCAUUGCACUGUGUACUCGCCAAACAGCAGGAAGUUGCUGUGCGGAGUUCAAAGGCCGGCCGGCGCUGGCGGCGGGUGCUGAUUGGCUGUGUGAGCGCCUGGUAACAGCAGGGUCAACGGUGGCGCCGUCGGGCUGGUCCCGCCCCUUGACGUCAGACGGAGUGGGCGGGAGAACGCGGUGACGCGUGGCCUCGUGCGUCGGUCUGCUGCUUCCUCUAUGGGCUCGGCUAGCGCCGGGGGCGGGGCAGAAGAAGGGAAUUUUGGUCGGGACUUUCCGGUGGGCGGCUUCUUUCCGGACCGAUUUGGAUCCUUGCAGUCUUUAGGCCUGGCGUGUAGUGGUCCACACCACACCCUAGUGUGUUCCCGAGCCCGUUCUUGGAAUGUUUAUCCUCUUUUGGAGAAAAGACACAGUAAUCGUAAAUCUCCAAGUAGUAGUACGCUAGUUUUUUUUUUUAUUUACAGUUUCGCCUUUUCAAAAAAAAAUUUUUUUUAAUGUUCCGGUGCGUUUUCUCCCGUUUAGUCCCUCGUUCUGUGUAAAGAGAUUAGUGAGUUUCAUUUUGUUCCCAUUGGUUGAAAGCAGUUCAGUGUGAGUGUAAUGUUUUUAAUUCAAAGGCCUUAACGGGUGUUUAAGCUCUGUCAUACAUGGCUCAUAAACCAAGGGAAGAACAUUUGAGCUUGUCCCCGUGCAUUUUCACUUGGUAUCAAACAUUUUCUCAAUUGACAUUUGAGGAAGAAAAACUCAGUCGUUCAGCUUCUGAAGAAGCGUCGGGGUCAGACUCAGGCAGUCAGUCGGAAAGUGAGCAGGGCAGUGAGCCCGGAAGUGGACAUGGCAGCGAGUCCAAUAGCAGUUCGGAAUCUUCUGAGAGCCAAUCAGAGUCUGAGAGUGAAUCGGCAGGUUCCAAAUCCCAGCCAGUCCUUCCGGAAGCCAAAGAGAAGCCUGCCUCUAAGAAGGAACGGAUAGCUGAUGUGAAGAAGAUGUGGGAAGAAUAUCCUGAUGUUUAUGGGGUUAGGAGGUCAAAUCGAAGCAGACAAGAACCAUCACGAUUUAAUGUUAAGGAAGAGGCAAGUAGCGGGUCUGAGAGUGGGAGUCCGAAAAGAAGAGGCCAGAGGCAGCUGAAAAAACAAGAAAAAUGGAAACAGGACCCCUCAGAAGACGAACAGGAACAGGGAACCAGUGCAGAGAGUGAGGCAGAACAAAAGAAAGGAAAAGCUAGAAGACCCGUCCCUAGAAGAACAGUGCCCAAACCUCAAGUUAAAAAGCAACCUAAGAUUCAGCGUGGAAAGAGGAAAAAACAAGAGUCUUCAGACGACGACGACGAUGAUGAUGAAGCUCCCAAAAGGCAGACUCGACGAAGAGCUGCUAAAAAUGUGAGUUACAAAGAAGAUGAUGACUUUGAGACUGAUUCAGAUGAUCUCAUUGAGAUGACUGGAGAAGGAGUUGAUGAACAGCAAGAUAAUAGUGAAACUAUUGAAAAGGUCUUAGAUUCAAGACUGGGAAAGAAAGGAGCCACUGGAGCAUCUACCACUGUGUAUGCUGUUGAAGCUAAUGGAGAUCCUAGCGAUGACUUUGACACGGAGAGGGAGGAAGGAGAAGUCCAGUACCUUAUCAAGUGGAAGGGCUGGUCUUAUAUUCACAGCACAUGGGAGAGUGAAGAAUCCUUACAGCAACAGAAAGUGAAGGGCAUAAAGAAACUGGAGAAUUUCAAGAAGAAAGAGGAUGAGAUCAAGCAAUGGCUAGGGAAAGUUUCUCCUGAAGAUGUUGAAUAUUUCAGUUGCCAACAGGAGCUGGCAUCAGAGUUGAAUAAGCAGUAUCAGAUAGUAGAGAGAGUAAUAGCUGUGAAGACAAGUAAAUCUACCCUGGGCCAAACAGAUUUCCCAGCUCACAGUCGGAAGCCAGCACCUUCAAAUGAGCCUGAGUAUCUGUGCAAGUGGAUGGGACUACCCUACUCAGAGUGCAGCUGGGAAGAUGAAGCCUUGAUUGGAAAGAAAUUCCAGAAUUGUAUUGACAGCUUCCACAGUCGAAACAACUCCAAAACCAUUCCCACAAGAGAAUGCAAGGCUCUAAAGCAAAGACCGAGAUUUGUAGCUUUGAAGAAGCAGCCAGCUUACCUAGGAGGAGAGAAUCUGGAGCUCCGAGACUAUCAGCUGGAGGGCCUCAACUGGCUUGCUCACUCCUGGUGCAAAAGUAACAGUGUAAUCCUUGCUGAUGAAAUGGGCCUAGGAAAGACCAUCCAGACCAUAUCGUUUCUCUCCUACCUGUUCCACCAGCACCAGCUCUAUGGGCCUUUUCUUAUAGUUGUUCCCUUGUCCACCCUUACCUCAUGGCAGAGAGAGUUUGAGAUCUGGGCACCAGAGAUUAAUGUCGUGGUUUACAUUGGUGACCUGAUGAGCAGAAAUACGAUAAGGGAAUAUGAGUGGAUUCAUUCUCAAACCAAAAGGUUGAAGUUCAAUGCACUUAUAACAACAUAUGAGAUCCUCCUAAAAGAUAAGACCGUGCUGGGCAGUAUUAACUGGGCCUUCCUGGGAGUAGAUGAAGCCCAUCGGUUGAAGAAUGAUGACUCUUUAUUGUAUAAAACUCUGAUUGAUUUCAAGUCCAACCAUAGGCUACUGAUCACGGGCACCCCUCUUCAGAAUUCCCUCAAGGAGCUUUGGUCCUUGCUGCACUUUAUUAUGCCGGAGAAGUUUGAGUUCUGGGAAGAUUUUGAAGAAGACCAUGGAAAAGGGAGAGAGAAUGGCUACCAGAGUCUUCAUAAGGUACUAGAGCCUUUUCUUCUUCGAAGAGUCAAAAAAGAUGUGGAGAAAUCCCUUCCUGCCAAAGUGGAGCAGAUUCUCAGGGUGGAGAUGUCAGCCCUUCAGAAACAGUAUUAUAAAUGGAUCCUGACCAGGAAUUACAAGGCUCUUGCCAAAGGAACAAGAGGCAGCACAUCUGGCUUCCUUAAUAUUGUGAUGGAGCUGAAAAAGUGCUGCAACCACUGUUACCUGAUCAAAGCUCCCGAGGACAGCGAGAGGGAGAGCGGCCAGGAGGUCCUUCAGUCUCUAAUUAGGAGCAGUGGGAAGCUGAUCCUGUUAGACAAACUGUUGACAAGACUCCGAGAAAGGGGAAACAGAGUCCUUAUCUUCUCUCAGAUGGUGAGGAUGUUGGAUAUCCUGGCUGAGUACCUGACUAUCAAACACUAUCCUUUCCAGCGCCUGGAUGGUUCUAUCAAGGGAGAAAUCCGAAAACAGGCAUUGGAUCACUUCAAUGCAGAUGGGUCUGAGGACUUCUGUUUCCUGCUCUCCACACGGGCUGGCGGCCUGGGAAUCAAUUUGGCUUCAGCGGACACAGUCGUCAUCUUUGACUCUGACUGGAACCCGCAGAACGACUUGCAGGCACAAGCCCGAGCACAUAGAAUCGGUCAGAAGAAGCAGGUGAAUAUUUACCGCCUGGUUACAAAAGGGACUGUGGAAGAGGAGAUCAUAGAACGGGCCAAAAAGAAGAUGGUAUUGGACCAUCUGGUGAUUCAGCGCAUGGAUACCACUGGCAGGACGGUUCUUGAAAACAACUCAGGAAGAUCCAACUCAAAUCCUUUUAAUAAAGAAGAGCUGACAGCUAUUUUGAAAUUUGGAGCAGAGGAUCUCUUCAAAGAAAUUGAAGGAGAGGAGUCAGAGCCUCAGGAAAUGGAUAUAGAUGAAAUUUUGCGUUUAGCUGAAACCAGAGAGAAUGAAGUGUCAACUAGUGCGACAGAUGAGCUGCUCUCACAGUUUAAGGUUGCCAACUUUGCAACGAUGGAAGAUGAAGAGGAGCUAGAAGAGCGUCCUCACAAAGACUGGGAUGAAAUCAUUCCCGAAGAGCAAAGGAAAAAAGUGGAGGAGGAAGAACGGCAGAAGGAGCUGGAAGAAAUUUAUAUGCUGCCUCGGAUUCGCAGUUCCACUAAAAAGGCUCAGACAAAUGACAGUGAUUCAGACACUGAGUCUAAGAGGCAGGCCCAGAGGUCUUCUGCUUCUGAGAGUGAGACGGACGACUCUGAUGAUGAUAAGAAGCCAAAGCGAAGAGGGCGCCCCCGAAGUGUGCGCAAAGACCUUGUGGAGGGCUUCACGGAUGCCGAGAUCAGAAGGUUCAUCAAGGCUUAUAAGAAGUUUGGUCUCCCUCUUGAAAGGCUAGAGUGCAUAGCACGUGAUGCUGAGCUAGUUGAUAAGUCUGUGGCAGACUUGAAACGCCUGGGGGAGCUGAUUCAUAAUAGCUGUGUGUCGGCAAUGCAGGAAUAUGAGGAGCAGCUGAAAGAAAACACCAGUGAAGGGAAAGGACCAGGCAAGAGAAGAGGCCCAACAAUCAAGAUCUCUGGGGUUCAGGUGAACGUGAAGUCCAUUAUCCAACACGAAGAAGAGUUUGAGAUGCUGCAUAAAUCUAUCCCUGUGGACCCUGAGGAAAAAAAAAAGUACUGCCUAACCUGCCGAGUCAAAGCAGCACAUUUUGACGUCGAGUGGGGCGUGGAGGACGAUUCUCGUCUGUUGCUUGGAAUCUAUGAACAUGGCUAUGGAAAUUGGGAGCUAAUUAAGACAGACCCAGAGCUAAAGCUAACUGAUAAAAUUCUACCAGUGGAGACGGAUAAAAAGCCUCAGGGUAAGCAGCUGCAGACCAGAGUGGACUACUUGCUGAAGCUGCUCAGGAAGGGUCUGGAGAAGAAGGGCACCGUGGCCAGCGGAGAGGAGGCCAAACUAAAGAAGCGGAAACCUCGAGUAAAGAAGGAGAACAAAGCCCCCAGGCUGAAGGACGAGCACGGGCUGGAGCCGGUGUCGCCUCGACACUCCGACAACCCAUCUGAAGAGGGGGAAGUGAAGGAUGAUGGUCUAGAAAAAAGUCCAACGAAAAAAAAGCAGAAGAAGAAAGAGAACAAGGAGAACAAAGAGAAACCAGUGAGCUCUCGGAAGGACAGGGAAGGAGACAAAGAGAGGAAGAAGUCCAAAGACAAGAAAGAGAAGGUUAAAGGUGGUGAUGCCAAGUCUUCAAGUAAAUCAAAGCGAUCUCAGGGUCCUGUGCACAUUACAGCAGGAAGUGAACCUGUUCCCAUUGGGGAGGACGAAGAUGAUGAUCUGGACCAGGAAACCUUCAGCAUUUGUAAGGAGAGGAUGAGGCCUGUGAAGAAGGCACUGAAACAGUUGGACAAACCUGACAAAGGGCUCAGUGUGCAAGAACAGCUGGAACACACCAGGAACUGCCUGCUCAAAAUUGGAGAUCGCAUAGCCGAGUGCCUUAAAGCUUACUCAGACCAGGAGCACAUCAAAUUGUGGAGGAGGAACCUUUGGAUUUUUGUUUCCAAGUUUACAGAAUUUGAUGCACGAAAACUACAUAAGUUAUAUAAGAUGGCUCAUAAGAAAAGAUCUCAAGAAGAGGAGGAACAAAAGAAGAAAGAUGAUUCGCUUGGUGGUAAGAAACCAUUUCGACCAGAGGCCUCGGGCUCAAGCCGGGAUUCUCUGAUAUCUCAGUCCCAUACCUCACACAACCUUCAUCCUCAGAAGCCUCAUUUGCCUGCCUCCCAUGGCCCACAAAUGCAUGGACAUCCAAGAGAUAACUACAGUCACUCCAACAAGAGACACUUUAGUAAUGCAGAUCGAGGAGACUGGCAGAGGGAAAGAAAGUUCAACUAUGGUGGUGGUAACAGCGCCCCCUGGGGGGGCGACCGGCACCAUCAGUAUGAGCAGCAUUGGUAUAAAGACCACCACUAUGGUGACCGGAGGCAUAUGGAUGCCCACCGUUCUGGGAGCUACCGCCCUAACAACAUGUCCAGAAAGAGGCCGUAUGAGCAGUACAACAGCGACCGAGACCACCGGGGACACAGAGACUAUUAUGACAGGCACCAUCAUGACUCCAAGCGGAGGAGGUCAGAUGACUUCAGGCCCCAGAAUUAUCACCAGCAGGAUUUCCGACGAAUGUCUGACCACAGACCCAUGGGUUACCAUGGCCAGGGACCCUCAGACCAUUAUCGCUCUUUCCACACAGACAAGUUGGGGGAAUAUAAGCAGCCCAUGCCUUCAUUGCACACUGCGCUCUCAGACCCACGCUCACCCCCUUCCCAGAAAUCUCCCCAUGAUUCCAAAUCACCCUUGGAUCAUAGGUCUCCUUUGGAGAGAUCACUAGAACAGAAAAACAACCCAGAUUAUAACUGGAAUGUUCGGAAAACAUAAAGGACCACUCCUGAAGACAGGGAGAGCGCGGGAGUCAUCAAGCACUUGGGCGUUCUGGUCCGAUGCAGCCAUGGCCAGUGGUCAGGCUGCUGAGCCGAGUUUCUGGAUACGCUGCUGCUGCUGCUGCUGUUGAAUCCACUGACUUGGCAGCUGAAGGAGCACUUGAAGGAGUUGGAGGCUUUCGUCUGCUGCUUUGGUUCGGUCUCCACUCCUGCACUUUGGCCCCCCCACCCAUCCUAGCCUAUCAUGGCCUCCCACCCCCAUGGGUGCUAGGAGGAGGUGACUUUAUAUACCAGCUUCAUUGGGCUGCUUCCUCUGAAGGAAUUCUUGAGAGUCAGUGAAUGUUCUAUCAGCAUGAGUGACCAGGGCAAGGACCUGCUGGACAGUGUGUGAUUGGUUCACCAUGACACGAGGGACGAUGCUCAUGGGAAGUGGGGGCACAGGGUGGGUUUCACACUGCAAGACUUGAAAGGGGAACAGGUAUACCCCUUAGCCCUUAGCUGUGUUCUUGGGAGAAAUGAUACACUUGGUCUCAUUAUGUGAAGCGGGGUGGGGAUAACGAGACAGGAAAAUGACCACCAUGGUGGUCUGCUCCCUGCCAACACUAAUGUUCCCCACACUAUCUUUGUACAUUUCAGAGGUUUGGUCUUCUGGGUGGCGUCCGUUUCCCCUUGCUGUAAGGGAAAGCUGGAUCCCUCUGGCUGACUUAGAGUACUGUGACUUGGGCAUUGCUAAUGCCAGCGUGGGGUUUGCUUGUUUGGGGAGUGGGCUAAGUGGGUGUAGGGGUGGAGAUGGGGGUGGGGAUAUUAUAGCCAGGAAAAUAGGAAUCCCUGGUGGGUUUCUGAUUCCUGUGCUGAGAAGGAGAGUCACAGGUCCUGGAGAUAGAAAUGGAGGUGGCCUGCUGAUGAGAUACCUGCUGGUGAGCCCUGAUAUGGGACAUACGUGCAGAUAGGGGGCAGGGUUCGUUUACAGUGCCAGCAAGCAUGGAGUUGUCAGUAUUGGAGUGAGUCGGUGAAUUGUAGCUGCAUCUUGGUUCCUUUACACAGCUUGAAGGGGCAGCCUGCACAGACUGAAAUAUCGUGACAGUUGAGAUGUGGUCAGGUGAAAAGCUACAUCUCCAUUACAAGUUGGAACUCAGUAGAAUCAAACCUCGCUACUUUAAGAUCUGUAGAAAUAAACCUAAGUUAAUUUCCCCCAAAUCACGAGCAUCCGUGAUGGGGUAGCCAAGCUGUUAAGGCGGCAGGAGGCUGGUCAGCGUCAGGUUGGGUUGGGUUGGGUUGUGGGACAGAUGGGUUUUAUCAUUGAAUGGCUCUUCUCAGUGUAUGGAUACUGGGCUGGGCCUUGGGUUUUACUCACUUUCAGUAUAGCUUGCCAGUAUUGUUAAGGUAUCCAAAGCCUUUCUAGAUGGAGACAGGAAUGUUGACUUGAACAUAUGUUAGGUGUGCCUCUGGAAGAGUCCAGGCUUAUUCUGAGUUGUUGAAAAGUCUUGUUUGGACUUCUGCAGGGUUUGACUCCCUGGACACUCUGGGUGGGGUGGUCAUCCAGGCACCAGGCACAUCCAGGUGGGGAGGCAUUAAUGACCUCCCCAGGACAGGCAUGAGUUGUGUCCUGAGUGGAACAUCUGGCCAUGCAUGGAUGUGAUGGGCCAUUGCUUUCACUGCUUUAGAGCACCACAGACCUGACUGUUGCCGAGUUAGUCCCUGCAGCUAGUGCUUGAAGACCUUCUGGGCUCCUUGUGGCACCAGGUCCUGUGUGCAUGCAUGACCUGCAAUAGAGCCCACCGACCGCAUGGAAGUCCUCUGGCUAGAGUCUGAUGCCUGGUGGCUUACUGGACAUCUCAGUCAAGGCUGAAAGGUAUAUUUUGGGCACACAGUGAAAAGUGAGCCAUAGAUGGAGCUUCUUGCUGAUCACAUUGACACUGUCUGUGUUUGAUUUGCUGAGCUCUUGGAUGUUGGGAGUGUAGCAGGCACAGGAGGUACCUCUGCAGAAGGAAGGUGGAGGGCCGAGGCCUUGCCUUUCCAUAUUCACCUAGGUCUUGUCUUUCAACUUGUUGGUAGAAGUUACAAAUUAUUCUCAAAACUAUCUGUCUCAUCAUGAGGAAAAAGGAACUUUCUUUUGUUCCUAUUCAGGACUUGGAGGUAUAGUGCCAUAAAAUGUAGCAAAAGCCCAUACCAGCCAGAUCAGUGUUACAUUGAUUCUAAGAUUACAGUAUCUCCCAUCAAACAUCUGCUGUAGGCGAGGGAGUGGAUUUGAAGAGGGGGUUGAAAGAAAGGAAGCAUCCUCUUGCUUUAGACUAGUACGUGCAUCAAAUGCUUACAGCAGAAGUUUGUACAGGUAAGAGAAACUGCCAAUGACGUUCUGUGGAGCCUGGCUUUGGGCAGCUGCUCAUCAUUGAGGAAGUGGCAGGACUUGGGGGAAGUUAUGUGUGAGUGUUGUCAAGUCCUGAAGUUCUAUGAUGCACUGUGGCCCUAGAAAAAGAAGAUGAAGCCUCCACUGACCACUGUGUCCUCUCUGACUUGGCCAGCCUGAUGGUCCUUCCUUCUACUCUGUGUAGUCAUUCCUAAGCCCCACAGAGGGAGUGCAAACAUUUCUCACUGUGCUGCUGAUGUUCUGACCUGGUGUGUCUGACAGUUGCAUCAGGCUUUGCAGAACAAACGUGAUUCACUUAAACGUUCACACACAGCAACACUGAAAUCCUACAGACCAAACAAACCCACUUGUCAGCAGGAGCCAUGGUCCAGCCCAACACCUGUGCUUUCGUAGCCGAGGCCAGCCAUGUUGGGAAGAGCCAUGCCAAGGGUCCAGGCUGCUGUAGUCCAUCUGUGCCCUACUCAUUUGGGGACAGGUGGUUUUUCUUGUAAACUUGUGGACUUUUGAAACCUGUUGACUAAACAGUAAUUAAUUUAUAUUUGUGAAAAAUGCCACUGUCCUGGUGAUUUCUGAUGUAAAUAAUGUUGUUUAUAUAGUAUGUAUUAAAUUUUCCUACAUUGUAAAA